AAUGAUGAUAGGAUGCGGAUCAUUGUUAAAAAUAGUAGGUAACGUGAAAAUCCUGAAUACAGAGGCCCAACAAGUAUUUGUUGGAAGAAAUGAGAAAGGGGAUGACGGUAAAGAGGAAGUCGCGUGACGGAGUGACUGGUCCAUAACGGAGCUUCCUUCCUCCCUUCCUCAUGCCACAACAUGAGGCUGGGCAUUCAAAAUGCCUUCAAACCAACCAAUGAUUGCCUCGGACAGAUACAACGAGCCGAAUUAUAGAGGGAGGAGAUUUCCAAAACUCCAUGGUGCUGGUAUCCUACAUUUACGGUUAUUAUCGUGUGCGCUGGCUUCUUCUCGUACUUAUGCGCUGACCGACGAGGAUAUCAAGUUCGACAUCGCCACUCUUGCACAAGAUCCGAGACUGAUUUCCCUCGGGUUAGUAGGCACAUAAGCUUGGCUCCUUCAACAGAGUUGAUUAGUUUUAAAGUAAGUCACAGCAUUCCCUUGAGUUAUUCUUGGUAUACUGGUAGGCUAUAAUGUUUUCUUCAUCGUGCCAGUAGCACCAAUACUUUUGCGAUUUUUUUGCAUUCGUCUAGCAUCCUGAAUAUGCCUUGUGGAUAAUGCUGUAUAAUUCGGUAUGUUCAUAUGAUAAACGUGACACAUAUUGAUGUAUGUCACAGGGUGUCACACG